CCCCCGUGGUCCGUCCCGGCCGCCGUCGCUGCGGGUCCCGCCCGUCGCGCCCGUCCCGGCCAUGGCGGAGCCCGGCGGGGGCCGCCCCGUCACCGUCAGCGACGUGCAGCAGCUGGUGCGCAGGAAGGACGAGAUCGAGGCGCAGAUCAAGGCCUGCUACGAGCUGCUGGAGGGGCAAAAGGGCGUCGGGAUGCACGAGCCGCUGGUGGACGCCGAGGGCUUCCCCCGCAACGACAUCGACCUGUACCAAGUGCGCACCGCGCGGCACAACAUCAUCUGUCUGCAGAACGAUCACAAGGCCUUGAUGAAGGAGGUGGAGGAGGCUCUGCACCAGCUGCACGCCCGAGAGAAGGAGAAGCAAGCCAGGGAUGAGGCAGAGGCCUUGGCAGAGGCCAUGAGCCAGAACCAGAGCCUGCCACAGCCCUUUGCCAAAGUGAACGCUGUGACCCCGGGAUCCCCUGCCAGUGUCUCGGGACUUCAGGUUGAUGACGAGAUUGUGGAGUUUGGUUCUGUCAACGCAAACAACUUCCAGAACCUGCAGAACGUUGCCACAGUGGUGCAGCACAGCGAGGGGAGACCCCUGAGUGUGACUGUGAUCCGUGGUGGCAGGAGGGUGCACGUGGGGUUGACUCCGAAGCGCUGGGCUGGGAAAGGCCUCCUGGGCUGCAAUAUCAUUCCCCUGCAAAGAUGACCAUCACUUAGAAAACAAUAAAGCUGAAGCUUGUGCCUGCUUUCUGGACUCUGAUCUGGUUUGAGAACUUCCCCACGUGUUGUUGCUGUGACCUCUGGUCCCAGAGCCUGAAGGGGUUCUGGCAGAGCAGGGCCUGCCUGCAAUUCAGAAUUGCACUGGUUGUCAGUGUAGAGUUGCAAGAUGUGGAUUCUCACCUCUUCUAUGUUGGAGCACUUUAGAAUAAGGCCCUAGAGAGACCCAAACCUCUCUUGAUAUAGGCUCUGAAGAGCUUGAAAUGCUCUUAUUUGGUGAUAAUGGAACAUUCCCUUUUUCCCCCUCUAAAAUUCCUCACUGAAUAUCUUGUAAUACCUGCUAAAAACUUCUAGAGCACUUUUUGAUGCCUCUCAUAGUAGAUGACAGGUAAGAAAUACGCAAGGUUGAUACUUUAUCUUCCCCACAUUACCACAAUUUUUAAAGUCACUGAACAUGCUGAAAAGAUUUUUGGAAUGCCCAGUUAUUUUCAGUCAGUGAGAUAAGGAAUAGGGGUUAUAAUUCUACUUUUGUUUACUUUUAGUAGUUCAUGUUGUUAUGAUAAAAGUGCUCCUAAUCUGGCUUCUCUCUCUCUCUUUUUUUUAAUUUUUUUUUGUAUUUAUUUGUGGGAAUUGGCUUUGGAGUGUUGUCCUGGUUUCAGCCAGGACAGGGGUUACCUUUUUGUGCCUCCCAUUCUCCUCUCCAUCCAUGGGGAGGGGGGGAGUGAGGGAGUGGUGCUGGGGUGUUUUCAGUGGGAACACUAAAUUGGGGAAUACCAUUCCUAACCCACAACAGGUUUGAGGGGAUUUCGGGGACGACUGGUUUGUUUUAAGCUUGUUUCCAGUUGAACUUCAAAAUACUCUCUCAAAACAAUAAAGCUGAGUGUUGCCUCUCUCCA